AUGAAUUCGGAUCUCACAAUCGGAUCUUCAGAUAACACGAGUUCACCCGCAAGAUGCAAACCAAAUCGCAUUCGGAUCUUUAAAUUGGGCCCGAUCCACCUUGUAUGCAUAGGUAUGUAUGGUCACGUGCUGCUCGCAUGGCCCUCCCCAUUUCUAGUUUCCCCAUUUAUUACUGGCAGUUCUUCCUACGAUCUCCUCCCCGCAGCACCGCCACGACAAGGAUCCGGCGAUCUCCUCCGUCUCCCAUUCUCCCGGAUCAGCGAGAUGGGUGCAGUCGAAUCCGAGGCCACGGAGGUGAUCGGCUCGUUCCUCUCCGAUACGGCGGUAAAGGUGUUUAUCGCCGGCCACCGCGGCCUCGUCGGUUCGGCCAUCCACCGCAAGCUCCUCGCUCUCGGCUUCACCAACCUCCUCCUGCGCACCCACUCCGAGCUCGACCUCACCCGACAGGCCGACGUGGAGGCCUUCUUCGCCGCCGAGCGCCCCCGCUACGUCAUCGUCGCCGCCGCCAAGGUCGGCGGCAUCCACGCGAACUCCACCUACCCCGCCGACUUCAUCUCCGUCAACCUUCAGAUCCAGACUAACAUCAUCGACGCCGCCCUCCGCUGUGCUGGCGGCGCUGUCCGCAAGCUCCUCUUCCUCGGCUCCUCCUGCAUCUACCCCAAGCUCGCCCCUCAGCCCAUCCCAGAAUCCGCCCUUCUUUCCGGCCCCCUCGAGCCUACCAACGAGUGGUACGCGGUCGCCAAGAUUUCCGGCAUCAAGAUGUGCCAGGCCUACCGGAUCCAGCACUGCCUCGACGCCAUCUCCGCCAUGCCGACCAACCUCUACGGCCCCCACGACAACUUCCACCCGGAGAACUCCCAUGUCCUUCCGGCCCUGAUCCGGCGCUUCCACAAGGCCAAGAUCUCCGGCGCCAAGGAGGUGGUCGUCUGGGGCACGGGUUCGCCUCUGAGGGAGUUCCUCCACGUGGAUGACCUCGCCGACGCGGUGAUCUUCCUGAUGGACCGGUACUCGGGGUUGGAGCACGUCAAUGUGGGGAGCGGGAAGGAGGUGACAAUAAAGGGGCUUGCGGAGAUGGUGAAGGAAGUAGUUGGUUUCGAAGGGGACCUCGUGUGGGACUCGACGAAGCCCGAUGGGACGCCAAGGAAGCUGAUGGACAGCUCGAAGCUGGCUGGAAUGGGGUGGGAGGCGAAGAUCCCGCUCCGCCAGGGGCUGGCGGAUACGUACAAGUGUGUGAUGGCCUCUUUAGUCUUCAGGUGGAAGCUAUGGUAGCCUCUCUUAGACUAUACUCAAGAAAGUUGUCAAGGCCUUCCCAUAUCAAUUUUCUGUUCUUCUGCUCAUUGGGAUGUUUCACCAGUUUAUGUAGAUACUAGAGGAGAAAAAGUAUUAUAAGUCCUAAUUUAUCUUCCUUUUCUCCCGUUUUAUUUUCUGAUUUUGGUUGAUGACUCAAGGUUCAUUCUACACUUAGAUUAUGUAGAAAAACACUCAACAUUUCUGAUCUCCAAGCUUUGUUGCUUGAAUAACUAUGUAGAAAACCUUGUGCAAACUUCGUUUCAGAUCCAAUAGGAGAUCAAAUUGUUGAUCCA